CUCCCUCCCUCCCUCUGCUCUUUUCUCUUGCCUUAGCAGAACUUAUGUGGCUGGGAUGCAGGGCCCUCGGGUGUCAAAACUUUGAAGAUUAAUGGAUUACUUUGUUAAUGACUGCAGGCGUCAGGCUGAGGUGCUUAAAUGAUUUGUGAGGUGCGAGGCGUCUUCCCGACAGUCCCAAACAAUGCGCGGAGUGUGCGGGGGAGGCAGAGGGCAGCCGCUGGCGGGACCGGCAGCAGGGCUCACACGCACACACUCACACACACUCCAGGGAGCACACUAGAUCUCACAGAUCAGGAGGCAAACAGGCACUCUCGCCCCCACGCACUCCGGGGCAUCCCCAUCCACACCCACAUAUAUGUAUUUUUGCCCUGAAAAAAGUGUAAAUAAAGCCUCGAUGGCCCCCAAUGAGGCGUUCCUUUCUGACUUUUUUGGAUCAAUCAAACAGACAGUGGCUUCUUUUGAUUAAAGCCCAAAUUGUCAUUGGGCAGAAGCAAUCAUGUGACAGCCAAUUCGGUCCAAUUUCAACCUUGUCUCCAUGAAUUCAAUAGUUUAAUAGUAGCGCGGUCCCCAUACGGCUGUAAUCAGUGAAUUAGAAAAAAAACACCCCAGCACCGAUCUUCUAUGAUAGAUUUUUUUUUUCCUCCGCGCUCGCCUUUUUCUUGGGCCUUGCCCCCCCAACGCCCCUCCAAAAGAGGGAACUUUUUCUCCGAGGGGGCUCCAAGGAGAAGGCCAUGAAUUACGAAUUUGAGCGAGAGAUUGGUUUUAUCAAUAGCCAGCCGUCGCUCGCUGAGUGCCUGACAUCUUUUCCCCCUGUCGCUGAUACAUUUCAAAGUUCAUCAAUCAAGACCUCGACGCUUUCACACUCGACACUGAUUCCUCCUCCUUUUGAGCAGACCAUUCCCAGCCUGAACCCGGGCAGUCACCCUCGCCACGGCGCUGGCGGCCGCCCCAAGUCGAGCCCCGCGGGCAGUCGCGGCAGUCCGGUGCCCGCCGGCGCCCUGCAGCCGCCCGAGUACCCCUGGAUGAAGGAGAAGAAGGCAGCCAAGAAAACCGCGCUGCCGCCCGCCGCCGCCUCCACGGGCCCUGCCUGCCUCGGCCACAAAGAGUCCCUGGAAAUAGCCGAUGGCAGCGGCGGGGGAUCCAGGCGCCUGAGAACCGCUUACACCAACACUCAGCUUUUGGAGCUGGAAAAGGAAUUUCAUUUCAACAAGUACCUUUGCAGACCCCGGAGGGUGGAAAUCGCCGCGCUGCUGGAUUUGACUGAGAGACAAGUGAAAGUGUGGUUUCAGAACCGGAGGAUGAAGCACAAGAGGCAGACCCAGUGCAAGGAGAACCAAAACAGCGAAGGGAAAUUUAAAAGCCUGGAGGACUCAGAGAAAGUGGAGGAGGACGAGGAAGAGAAGUCACUCUUUGAGCAAGCCCUCAGCGUCUCCGGGGCCCUUCUGGAGAGGGAAGGGUACACUUUUCAGCAAAAUGCGCUCUCUCAACAGCAGGCCCCCAACGGACACAAUGGCGACUCCCAAACUUUCCCAGUUUCGCCUUUAACCAGCAAUGAGAAAAAUUUGAAACAUUUUCAGCACCAGUCACCCACUGUUCCUAACUGCUUGUCAACAAUGGGCCAGAACUGUGGAGCUGACCUAAACAAUGACAGUCCCGAGGCCCUCGAGGUCCCCUCUUUGCAGGACUUCAAUGUUUUCUCUACAGAUUCCUGCCUGCAGCUUUCAGAUGCACUGUCGCCCAGCUUGCCAGGCUCCCUGGACAGCCCCGUAGAUAUUUCAGCUGACAGCUUUGACUUUUUUACAGACACACUCACCACAAUCGACCUACAGCAUCUGAAUUACUAAGAACAUUAAAGCCAAACAAAGCAUCCCAACACAAAACCCCCUGUGACCAGGUGGUUUUGCCUCCUUUUAUUCCGGGAGUUAAUUUUUGUUUUAUUCUCUUCUUGAUCUACCCCUACUCUCUUAAAUGUUGAGGAUUUUCUGUUGAAUGUUCUCCCCUGACACAGUUUUAAAGCCAUCUCUUACAAAUUAUGUCGGAGUUUUAGUCGUUUUACACCGAACCCAACAAGCUUCUACGUGAUUUUCCUGAAAGCAAAACACGAGGCCUGCGAGAAAGUGACCAUAAAUUGUCUCGUCACUUUCUUUUUAUUUUUGUAUCACACUAGGAUGCAUUGUCAUGCGUAUUUUUGGUAGAAUAAAUUCUCCUUUGCUAUAAA